UAUGGCUCAAAAGCUCACAGCCGCACGAAGGCAAAAACUCGACUUGCCGGCAUGGAGGUGCAGCUAGUGCUGGGGCCAGAUGGCAAAGUCAUUUUUCUGGAAAGCAAGGCCGACUUCGUCGAGUGGCUGUUCGCGAUUAUGGAUGUGCCCCUUUCAGGAUUGGUGAAGUUGUGCCAAAAGAGCAGCGCACAUGGAGCCGGGCCCCUGACAAACUUGUCGGGGUCUUUGGUGACCAUGGACAAGGCCUAUUUUCAAGAUCAGAAGGUUGGCAACCCCAUCGCUCAGAAAGAGGUGUCCGGUGCAACCGAGCUGCUCCAAACCAUGAAGCUCAAGAAGGCCCAAACUGGCAUGCCAGUGUAUCAGUGCAACUCGUGCUGCAGACAGACGUCAUGCACUUGCAAUCUGAAUAGCAACUGCUUCAUACACAGCAACCAGUGUCCGUCCGGAUGUGCCUAUGUGGCGUUCCAACUGGUUCCGCCCCCACCUGCUGCAUCACCUAUGUCUUCAAGCUUGCUGGCCCCUGGUAACUACAAGUUCAUGGUCACGGAGGACCUCACAGUUGUGGAUGCCUCCGUGGUGAAGGCAAUGGAAUUCAUUCAGGCGCAUGCGGGUGACAUGACGAAGAUCAAGACAGCUACGGCCACAUGUUCGGAAGACAAGCUGCGCAAGCUGAUUGGAUCGCUUCUUGCAGGAUCUAAGUCUGUGCUCACUGACACAUUCGCCGCAGAGGUCAGCGAUGCUAGUUCGGACAGCUCCUUCGAGCGAGUGAGCAUUGGCACCAGUUGAGCCGUUCCGUGGACUGUUACGGCUGAUUGCGUGCAGCCACGGUCGGCCGUUGGAAUCCGACAGGUUCAGUUGCAGCCUAGGUGCAGCAUAUGACUGCGACGACGGCGGCACCUUUCUGUACAUACUUAAUUGGCAGGCUUAUAGUAGGAAUGCAGCGGCUACCGCCCAAGCCUUUAGUCGGCCAGCAGCUUGGGAGGUCAUGCCGCUUGCAUGUGUAAUGCUACGCAUCGCCAAGAGUGCAGGGCACAAGUGCGGCGGCAG